AUGGCCUCGCCGCUGCCUGCAUCUGCCAUGGGCUCUGGAUGGAAUGGCAACGCUCACCCUCAGCAAAUGCCUCUCUCCGAACCCGACAGCAACGGCGUUCAGGUCCGGCCCAUGGGUUUGAAAGUCCAUUACACCUUUGACAAGGAAUCCAAAGUCAAUUGUCUAGCACGAUAUCCUCAUACCGUCCAAGUCCAGACCAUCGCUCUUGAUGAAGCCACAACUAUCGGCGUCGUCGACCUCCGUGUCUGUAUUCAGGCCGUCUCCGAAUGCAGCCCCGAACUUGCCGGCCAGGACUGCGACUACACAAUUUACGCCGUUGACUACUCGGAACCCGAUACGCCUGUGGUCGGCCAGGGGAUGCUCUCAUGGGCUCUCGACUCCCUCGUUCGCGGCGACAUGCCCGGGCAGCAGCCCAAGCUCGUCACCGGACGCGUCACCAAAAAUCUCUUCGCUGUCUUCAGCGGCGGCAACAAGGAAACGCUCGAGGUCAGGCUGCGUCUAUCUGGCUCCGCCAAGCCUCAAUGGCAAACAGACAGCUUCGAUUUGGCCAUGACGCCGGCCGGCGCCGCCGAAUGGAAUUCCUUCAUCCAGUCCAACCCACAGCUUGGCCAGCCACAUCACGUGUCGAGAGUAGCUUCGCCAGCCAUGUCGCAAGGUCCUCCCGCUACAAUGCAGAACAGUGCCAAUGAUGUUCAGCGUAUUGCUCCGAUUCCCGUCGACCCAAACACUGUCCCUGAUAACCAAGGCGGGUCAUCACGCCCUUCCAGCCGAGCUUCCAACAGAGCACCGCGAAAACGAAAGCCAACUGGCCGCCCGCGUGGACGCCCAAGAAAGAACCCUGUGGAGGGUAACACGUCCGGGUACGAGGAUUGCACCGAGGGAGAGGAAGGCCCGGCUAAGAAGCGCGCCAAAUCAACCAAGGUCGACAAGCCCAACCCGUUUGCAGGCGGUUCAGAGUCUUUACGCGUUGCUGCCAGCACCUCUGGCUCAUUACGAAGCUUCCGCCCUGUCGCCACCAAUAGCGAAGCUGCUGUAGGCAGUCAUCUUCAAGAAGUGCCACGCGCUCCUACUCCGGUGCCCAAUGCUCCGGUGUUCCCUGGUCGCGUCUCCAAGAUACGGCGUGAGUCAACUCUGGGACAGAAUUCUUUGAGCUAUACUACUUCUGCGGAGUCUGAUGCAAGAACUCCAUUCUCUCCCCAGGAUGAUGAUCGCUCGCCAGAAUCUCUUGCUCCUACUCCCGCUUUUUCAGAAGAUAGUCCGCCCGAUAUCGGCUCCUCGCCACCAGUGCAACGCGCAACGCCCUUUCUUCGAUCUAGUCCUCCCCCUUCCAGUCCCGUCUUACCGCCCAUGCCACGCUCCAAAAUGCCGCACGAUACCAGCUUCAUGUCAGAUAAUAUGGAUUUCUGUGGCGACGAAUCUCUUCCACCCCCUCGGCAAGAGCUGCAUACCGUCAAAGCUCCUCCGCGGGUACGCAAAGGAAAAGUAGAGACAAAGAGCGCCAGGAGUGUUCCGGUUCAGGUCUAUCAAAUACAGGAUGGACCUCAGGGUCAAGAUCUGGUGCAUAUUCGCAGCUAUAACACGCCAUACCCAGACACAGCGCAGCAACAAGGGCCUCGAACACAGAAGCAACCAGCACAGCAUACGCAACCUGAGCUACCACCGCUGAAGCAGUCAGCACCGCAACAGUCUACCUUGAGUGUCCCGAUUAAGAAGGACAGUGCACUCUCGCCACCGGGCAUGGCUCCAACACCGCCUCCCACAACAGACGCUGCCGAGAAGCCUCCUACGCCCUUGCCAGACUUGCCCGAAACGCCUGUGGAGGCCAAGGAGAUCAGAAGAAUUGCCCCAGAGCCAGUUGCUCAGCCUACAGCCAAUGAUAGGCGGAGACCAUCAUCACAACCACCUGCUUCCACAACACCAGUCCUCAAGCCCAAGAAGCCCUUGGCUCGCUCCAACUCUACUGGUCCGCUCAUGCUGCCCAAGAUUCCCGCGAGUGAGCCUGCUGGCCCGUCGGUCCUCACGCAAGCAAUGGUUGCUGACAAUGAACAAGCAAUGGUCACUGGCGAGAACCAAGCUUUGAUCACUGACAAAGAGCAAGCAAUGGUCCCUGACUACGAAAUUGCACAGUUCCAAUUGCCCGAUUCUGGGCGCGGCAACUCGAUCGGAGCUGUGGAUAUGGUACCAGCCAGCGAUCCCCCCGCUCCCGCCGCCCGAACAAGCAAGAUGGGUCAACACGAGGCUGUCAUACCGCCCAGUGAGCCCAUUCAGCCUCAACCUUCGUCACCUGGCAACAGGUCGAACAAGAAUUCCGUCAAAAAGCAUGCCAUCAAGCAGCGUUUGGAGGACGCCAUCAUGAAUGGUACGAUGCCUCCUUUCUGCAGCAAUUGUGGGGCCAUCGAGACGCCUACAUGGCGCAAGAUUUGGGUUCAGGAUCGCGAAGGCGUUCCCGAGUAUGCUGAAUACUCGGAAAAGCCUGGUCGAAUUACUGCCAUUGAAAUUCUGCAGCGUGAUGAGAACGCCAACCCAAUCCAGCAUCGCGUCAUCAAGAAGGGUCUCGGCCCUAUGGACGACAAGGCCAGCUGGCAAGAGCUCCUUCUCUGCAAUCCUUGUGGUAUCUGGUUGACAAAGUGUAAAACCCACCGUCCUCGUGAGCGUUGGGACAAGGAUGCCUCUCGUCUAGGCCUAGAGCGUCGCAGGAAAGGCGCUGGCCGUUCCAAGAAGAGUCGAGCCAAGGCGGAUGGUGUGCCAAAUCCCACAUCGGAGGCCUAUCUCAACACAGAUGCCAUGGGCCCGCCUGAGCCUUCCUCGCCAAAGUAUGGCCCUAGCGGCAUUUCAACUGCUGCCAUCGAGGGUUUGAUCGCGGCCACUCAGGGCGACUCAUUCGCUACUGACGAUUGCGCCAUGGAAACACAAUCCAUCCCUGGAUCAACACACUCUGCUGCUAGUGGUGAUGGCACGGCCAAGAGCCCAAUUGAUGUUGAGCUGGAUCAGGCCAUGGGCACAACAAAGCGACUUCUCUUCCCCUCACCGACAAAACCGGGCACGCCCAAGGUCCUUGGUACUGUUGAUGUUAAUAUUGUCACUACCGAUGACAUGUGUCGCCAGAACAAGGGCAUCGGCAGCGAAAAGGAGAAUAUGCCAGUCAUGACUCAGGAGGGUCUUGUUGAAUGUGACGACCCCGAGGCGCUCUUUCGCAGCCCUCUAAUUGCCCGACCAAGCACACCUCAGAAUGCCAAGGCUUCUGUUGCCGCUGAGCCCUUCAAGACGCCUACUCGGGCGACACCUAGCCAUCGACCAGUCACCAGGAGCGUUUCCAGAUCUCUGCGUACCGUGCGAUCUGUCUCCUCGCCAAGUCAGCUCGCUCGGAUGCAGGCCACCCCAACCAAGACGCCGCAUUCGAUUCGCAGCGGCCAGGCAAGUCAGGCAGGUCUAGCUCGCAGACGCAGCCCUCGAAACCACCAAAACGACUUUGAUCCCUUCGAUACGCCAAUUUCGAGAUCAAUUAACCAGCUGCUGUCAGAACCAAACCACUUCUCCCUCGACAGCGAGCUAGAUCUCGGACAUUUGUCCGCUUUGGAGAGCAGCCACGAUGCGCUGUUGGAUUUUGGCAAUCUUCUUAGCACGGACGGAAUCAUGCCGAGCUCGCCCCCUAGAAAUGGGUCGGUCUCGUUUGAUUACGACGCUUCUUGGGCGUCAUGGAGCAUGGACGCCCCAAAUCAUGGGGAGAAUGAGUAG